AUGUUCACUCUUGUCAAGACUGCGCUCAUCUCCACUCUCCUCGGUAGCAGCUGGGCUGCCCCGAUCCCCGUGCAACUGCUCCCUCGCCAGGGCUGCUCGGCUGAAGGCGGACACUGUGCGACGUACUACGACGUCGGUCUCGGCGCGUGCGGCAACUACAACUCUGACUCGGAGUGGGUCGUCGCCAUGAACCACGUCGAGUGGGACGGCGGCAGCCACUGUGGCCGCAUGGUCCAGAUCACCGCCAACACCGGCAAGACCGCCACCGCCAGGAUCGUCGACCUCUGUCCCGGCUGCGGCGUGGGCUCGCUCGACCUGAGCCGCCCCGUCUUCGAGGCUAUCUCCAACAACGGUCUGACUCCUGGCGUUAUCCCUAUCUCCUGGCAGUUUGCCGACGGCGGUUCCAGCAACUCGGGCAACAACGACGCCGCUGGCGGCGCCGUGGCGUUCGACCGAGAGCCUGCUCCCGAGCCCUCACAGCCUGCCUGGACUCCUGACUCCUCUACCGCCGAGCAGCCUGUCUGGACCCCCUCCCCUGCUGCCGAGCAGCCUGCCUGGACCCCCUCCCCCGCUGCCGAGCAGCCUGCCUGGACUCCCUCGUCUUCCUCCGAGCAGCCCGCGUGGUCCGAGCCCGCUCAGGCCUGGACGCCUACCUCCUCCACCGCGGCCGCUCAGUCCUCGACCCCGACCUCCACCGAGGAGUGGUCCCAGCCCUCCGCCAACGCCUGGUCUCAGCCCCCCGCCGAGUCGUCCGCUCCUGUCUCUACCGAGUGGAAUGAGCCUGCCGCCACCUCGUCUGAGGCGUGGGGCUGGCGCAACCACAACGACAACAAGAAGCACGGCAAGCACGGCGGCGAGCGCGGCGGCAAGCACGGCAACGGCCAGGGCGAGUGGCACGGCAAGCACGACUGGAACAAGCAGGAGUCCACUUCGACCUCUGAGUGGGCCGCUCCUACGCCCGCUGGGGAGUGGAACCCUCCCGCGGCGCUUUACGCGGAGCCCGCUCCCUCCUCGGUCCAGGCCGAGCAGCCUGGCGCCCAGCCCACCACCCCUGCUGAGCAGGAGGCCCUCCCGGAGCCCGAGCAGAAGGAGCACGACGCCGAGCCCGGUGCUGACGUCGACGAGGAUGACUACGACUGCGAGGAUUCGGCUGGUUCCGAGUCCGAUCUCCCCUGGUGCGACUGA